AAGAUGGCUGCGCCCUGUGGCUCGGAGCGGCCCGCCAACUCGCCGCUCAAAAUCCCAAAGAUGGAGGUGCUCUCCCCUGCCUCUCCCGGUGGCCUGAGCGACGGGAACCCUUCGCUGUCCGACCCGUCCACGCCUCGGGGCGCCUCCCCGCUCGGGCCGGGCAGCGCGGCGGGCUCGGGGGCGGCGGCGUCCGGGGGUCUCGGGCUGGGGGGCCGCAGCGCGCCUCGUCCUGGGGCGCCCCGCGGCGCCUGCCGCGAAUGUCGUGGACGCGGCCGAGACAACGCGCUCAUCGCCGUGUGGGGCAACGAGCGGCUGGUGGAGGCGCGGUAGCAGCUGGAGGGAGCGGGCACGUGUUCGGCAGCAAGGCCCCGGCCGGCCAUGUACGAGCGCGUGUCCCGCCUGGCCGAGCUGGGCUACGAGCGGACCCCGUCCCAGUGCCGGGAGCGCAUCAAGACCCUUCGCAGGUGUUACAGUCGGGUGAAAGAACAUGGUGUUGGGAAAAGAAAGAGCAGUUACACAUUUGAACAGUUGGAACAGGUGUUUGGUCAGGGAGGAUGGGAUGCUCAGCCCUGCCAGCCUGUACUUAUUAACAGUAGUGGCUUGUACCAGGAGCUGGAGUCAGAUGGCAGCACUAUGGAGGAGUAUUCACAGGAGGACUGGGGAAACCACAGUCAGGAUCUCCAUGGCUACCCAACAGAUCAGGAAUUGGAUGAAAUACCUGUCACAAAGAGAACAUUAAAAAUCAAACAAGAGUCUUCUGAAGAAGCACAGAAGAGAGACAUCAUGCAGAAUAUCGUCCAGAUUUUGGAAUCAGUGCAGUUGAAAUGGGAACUGUUUCAGAGCUGGACGGACUUUUCAAGGCUUCAUCUUUCUAAUAAACUGGCCAUUUUCGGGAUCGGUUAUAACACCCGUUGGAAAGAGGAUAUCCGCUACCAUUAUGCUGAGAUCAGCUCCCAGGUGCCCCUUGGCAAACGACUCCGGGAGUACUUCAACUCCGAGAAGCCCGAGGGGCGGAUCAUUAUGACCCGCGUGCAGAAAAUGAACUGGAAGAAUGUUUACUACAAAUUCUUAGAGAUCACUAUCAGUGAGGCCAGGUGCCUGGAGCUGCACAUGGAAAUUGACUGGAUCCCCAUUGCCCACUCCAAACCAACUGGUGGCAACGUCGUUCAGUAUUUAUUGCCAGGAGGCAUUCCCAAGAGCCCGGGCCUGUAUGCCAUUGGCUAUGAAGAAUGUCUGAAGAGGCCCUCCUCCCCCCACAUGGAGCAGAGUUCCCUGGACCCAGGAAAGGAGGGCAGGGUUGACCUGGAAACCCUUUCCGCACCCAUAGAACCCGCCCGGAUCACCUAUUGCUACCUCGGGAUCGCUGAGGUCAGGACUCUGCAGCAGUGCUUGUUUUUACACUUCCAAGCCAAUACCAAAACCUUCAGCAAAGAUUGGGUUGGUAUUAAUGGGUUUUUGUCUCAGAACUGCAUUGUGGAUCCCGGAGUCUCCCCCAAAUCCAUCUACAUCAAGUUUGUGGAAGUAGAGAGGGAUUUCCUUUCCGCGGGCUCUUUAGUGGAGUGCCUGGAAAAAGCCAUCGGGUACCGCUUAAAAUUUAACAACUGAAUGUCAUCCUUCAUAAGGAU